AUGACUACAUCCACGGCCAAACUGCAGGAGACCUACAACACGGAGGGCUUCCUCUCAGCACUGCCUGUGUUGAACGAGACAGAGCUGAGGGAGGCCAGGCGUGCCUUUUCUGAGCUGGAGGAGGAAUUUGGUAAAAAAUACACCCAGUACAGCCUCCAUAAUGUUCACCUUCAGUAUCCAUGGGUGAUGGGCUUGACCAAACACCCUCGUCUCUUGCAAGUGGUCACAGCCAUCCUGGGCCCAGACGUCAUCCUGCUGGAUUCCCGCUUUAUCUGUAAAUACCCAAUACUCGCAUCAUCCAACACCCAGGAGAAUGAGGAGGAGGAAAUCAAAGAGAAUGGACUACCAUACGUGGCCUGGCAUCAGGAUAUGAGGUAUUGGGGCAUUGCUGGUGGCCCUGUUCUCUCUGUGUGGCUGGCUUUGGAUGACUCACAGAAAGAGAACGGUGCCCUUCAGGUUAUCCCAGGUAGCCACUGCUCUGGCAUGUUGCCCCAUCGCCAGGCCACCCGCCCUGGAAACAUGCUGACAGUCAACCAGGAGAUCCCAGAGGAGCUGGUGCAGACUGAGGAGGCUGUGUUUUGCCCCCUCUUAGCUGGGCAGAUGUCUAUUCAUGAUGGACUCCUUGUCCACGCCAGUGAUACCAACACAUCCCAGAGGAGGCGCUGUGGGUUUGUGAUCCGGUAUGUUCCCACCUGCGCAUACUCUAUACAGGAUCCGGACCGUCCCAGGAAGUUCCAUGCUACAGUGUUGGUCAGUGGAAUGGACCAGUUCAAUCACUUCUCAAAGAAAAGCUCAUGAAAACUUCCUGGAUCCUUUCUGAUUGCAAGAACAGUAACUUCAACACUUUACAUGAAUAUUUAAUACUUAGAGCAAAUGUCAAUUCUCUGAUUCUGAAUGCUUACAUUUAUUUAAAAAUAACCUGUAGGUUUGUACGGUAUAGUUUGUAUUACAUUGUAUGGAAUUUAAAUGUCUCAAUUGUGAUCAAAUUAUUGGAUACAUUUUUAUUUUGA